ACAGCUGUUUUGCUAUCAGUUUUUUUUACCAAAAGUUUUUGUCUGCGUAAUGUAAAUUGUAAUGCGGAAUUAGAAGGCCUGUGCCCACAAAGCGGAAGACCGGCACCCGGAACCCGGCCCCUGGACCCCUUGGAACCACCUGGAACCAGGAACACACGAUGAGCGAUGCGGCCUACCAGGGAUUCUACGGCAACCAGCUGCACUUGCUCCCGCUGUCGCAUUCGCAUCCUGCGCAUCCGCCCCACCAGCACCAGGAUCUGUCGCUCUCCACGCCGGUCCACUCCCUGGAGCAGGACUCCACCUUCGGCUUCUUCGACGACGAGCUGGUCAUCGGGUCGGGAACCGGAUCUUCCUGCACCCCGGCUGCCAAUACCACCGCCUCCGGAACCUCGGUGUGGCUGCCCGAUGGCGCCCUCCGUUCUCCAGAAGCGGCGGCGGUGGACGCGCAGCCCAACCUGGGCAUUCCCUUUGUCCAGAUCCACACCACAGACCUGCAGCAGCAGCCGGAGAAGAGCUACCGCAAUGCCUUUCGCCGGCGCACCGCGGAAAUCAAGUCGGAGGCGGAACUGAUCAAGUCGGAGCUGGCGGAGGCGGCGGCCAAGGAGCGGCUAAAUGCCACGCCCACGCCACCCACCCGAAACUCCAGCUGCGCCAGUGUGGAGGGCAAGGCUAUGGUCCAGGACAAUCCGCCUCUGAUCCUGCGCUGUCCCAACUGCCCGUUCCUGAGCCUCUGCCAGGUGCGCCUCCAACAACAUCUUCACCUGGCCAACUGCUACAUGGAGCAGCAGAGGAGACAGUGCCCAGGCUGCGCGAACAUCUUCUACAGCAGUGAGUCGCUCACGGUGCACCUCAGCUUGGACCACCAAAUGGAGGACAACGAGGCUCUGGCUCUAGUGAGCGGGAAAAACACCGAAGCGCCGACUAAAAAGCAGACACAGAUGCCACAGAAUCAAAACAGACCCAAGAGUCGCAUCUUCAUAAAAAGCGUGGACUGCCUGCGGGAGCCUCUGCCGGAUUUCCCGCCUCUAAUGCCGGACAGCGGGUCCACGGGUAACAUCCUGGACCUACUGGAGGGAGUGGCGGUGGGUGCAUCUCCCAGUGAACAGACCAUGCCACCAGCUCCUGCUGCCAGUGUACCCGCUCCGCCGCCAAAGUCCAGCCAGAAGAUCUCCAUCAAGAGCGUGGACGUUCUCAGGGAGCCCGCCCUGCUGCCAUUCGACUUCCAGCUGCAGAAUCAUCCGCUCAUCACGGACAACAGCCUCCUCGAUGUUCCUGUCGUGGGCGUGGAGCCGGAGAAACCUCGUCAGCCGAAGAUUUACAUACGCAAUGUGGACAUCCUGAAGGAACCGAUGGUUCUGCCCUCCGCUCUGCCCAGCAUGGGCUUUGACGGGAGCAUGCCAGCAGCAGUAGACCCCGGACAAAUUGGACUAUCUGCAGGAGGAGAUGCUGACGUUUUCCAGACGGAUGCACUGCUUACGCCGACGUGCCCGCUGCCUGGAUUCGAGCCCAGCCUAGCUCCGCUGGCCCAGAUGUGUUCCGACGCCUUUCCGUUCGAUUCUGUGCUAAAUGGCAAUGCAGGACCUGUCUCCAGCCUCGAAAACACACGCUUCAGUGCCUUGGACCUAGAUUUUGGCGUGGAUUUCGUUUCGGAUGAGACCCCGCCGCCUUCAACACUUCAGCCUCCUCCUAAUGACCAACUGACGGCAAUGGACCCACAGCCUGUACAGCUGGAACAAUACUUGCCUCCUAGUGCUCCCAUCCCCACCAAGCAAAAAAUCUUUAUCAAAAACGUGGACAUUUUGAAGGCACCGCAGAGAGGUACCUUGCACCUUCGCACAGUAGACGAACUAAACUUGAUGAAUCGCACAGAAGUGGAACACUUGAUCGUACCCAACCUGGAACCGAUGGCCAUGACCAUGAUGGAACUGCCGCCCGUGGAGCAGACGCCUCUGGAGCCUGACCCCCAGCUGGAAGGGCCACCGCAAACGCUGGGCGAGUUUCAACCCUCGAUCAGCGGGAGUUGGCCCAGCGAGGAUGGUUAUGACCUGGCAGAGGACCUCGAGUGCUGGCCCUGGAUUGAGGAGGCUGUGCCAGAAGCUGGACUUGGGCUGCCUGCUCCCAGUGAAGUAAGCGAGGGUCCGCCACUCGAGGGUUUGGCGCAAGCUGCAGAGGACCUGCUGGACAAGGACUUUUCUCAGUCGUACGCCACACCAACGGAGGUAGCACCAAGUGCAGGAGAAGCAGCAAGCGGAGGAGGAGCAGUGCCACCUCUGGUCCCGGUAACGUCCUCUGGAGGGACAUCAGCCGUGGCUCAAAGCGGAACCGUAGGAAGCUUGCCUGUUCCGCCGCUGGUUCCAUUGGCAGCCGAGGUGACGGCUGCAGCCGAGAAGCCCGCCCGCAUCUAUGUGGCCAACAAUCUUCUUCCCACCGCCGUGGAUCCACCACUACUGGGGGGCGGCACCUCCGUCAGGGGACGUCCCUAUGGAGCCAAGCACUCUGGCGGAACGUCUGCCAAAAGGAAGCCUCCUCAGGGGCCCAACCAAGUGCCAGAGGGCGGCAAGUGCCUCGUGGAGGGCUGCAUGUUCCGCUUCAAGUCGCCCGCCACUCUGGAGUAUCACGGCAGGUGCCACAACGGACCCCUUAGCUCCACUCAACCGAUGGUGUGUCCGGAGUGCAAGUCCAGCAACUUCAGCAACUGGAACUGCCUACACACGCACCUGUGGCGCACGCACCAGAUUGACAUGGAGCUGUACUCCUGUCAGUUGUGCAGCUUCAAGACGCCCAUCUACUCACGCCUGGUGAACACCCACUCGAAGAUCCACUCGGAGGAGCGGAACUACAAGUGCGAGCAGUGCGGCAAGGGGUUCAAGAACACCAAGCAGCUGAAGAACCACCGUCGACUGCAUCGCACGCAGGGGCUGGGAAUGGGCAAACCGCCGAACGAACAGAGUUUCGCCGGCGGAGAAGCCAAUCCAGUUGUGAUGCAUCGCUGCGAGGACUGCGGAGCUGCCUUCAAGCAAAAAAAAACCCUGAGGGAGCACCUAUGCAAGGAGCGAAACGAGCAGCUGGAGUGUCCCGAGUGCCAGCGCGUCUUUGGCUCCAAGAGCAGUCUGCGACUGCACCUGCGAAGCCACCAGGACCAGAAGCGCUUCCGCUGCGAGGCCUGUGACUACGAGGCCAGCGACCACAACGCCUUCAGGCGCCACCUGGCCACGCACAAGGAGAGAAAGCGGUACUCCUGCCCCCACUGCGACUUCCGGGCCAUCCAGAGCACCGCCUUCCGGAUUCACCUCGAGAAGCGCCAUCCUGACCAGGAGCUGUCCAAUAUCAUCUACAAGUGCGACCAGUGCAGCUUCACCAGCAUCAAUCAAGGCCUGCUGCAGGUUCACCAGGCCAAGCAUGAAGCCACCAAUCCCAGUCAACCAUCAGCUCCAGCUCCAGUUGCUGCCCCGGUGGGAAGUCAAUCGCAGAUCAAGGUGGAGAGCAGUCUGGUGCUCGCACAUUCCAGUACAAACGUGGUGAAGGAGGUGGUCCUGGGUCACGCGAAAGUCCUGCAGGCUUCCUAGGGGCGAGGGCUUUCCUCUGUGAACCGAGUGCCGCGUAGUUUGUAACGAGUUUUAUACCAAAAUUGUACCAAUGUUACUAUUGUUAGGGGUGCAGGAGAGAUCAUUUUAAAGGAGAAAUUUGUAUUUUGUGCCAAAAUCAGCUUUCUUCAGCCUUCUCUGAAGAAGUGUAUCCUUUGCAGUGAUGUUCUAACUUCGGACUCCACCGAAGAUAUUUUCUUUGACUAUCGAUUUUUCUUUUUUUGUACAUGCUUACCGUAGCUGUUUAAGAAUCUGUUCUUGUACAUACGUAUGUAUAUAAAGGUUAAUUGGGAAAGGCUUUAUUAAACAUAACUACGUUUUCAUUCCCCUAGUGUAAAUAGCAAGCUCAAAAACGAAAUACAUUUACAAAUCUCAAA